AUGAACGAACCUUCACCACUCAGCUACCAAUCGAAGUUAUCUGUAACAAAGUUCUUGGCAAUCAAAAACCGAUCUGGAAAUUUUUUUCCACAAAAAGUGCCAUUUUAUUUGUCAGAGGUCGAAUUUGAUUUCGAAUACCCGGACUUUUCAAAAUUUCGAAUUAAAGAUGAGAGAAAUGGAGAUGAAUUCGAAUGGAGGGCUUCCGAUCUUGAUGUCUCUGUCAGAAGAAACGGAGAUGGGUAUGUGUUUGCUAGAGAAGGAUCUAGAGAUGAGAAGUUGCAAAAACUGAUAGACUAUUACUUCGACGGUUCCACUGGAGAAUUCAAGAUGUUCGUAAUUGUUGGCUCCCCCAGACAAUGGAACUCUGUAAAGUCGAUAAAAACCGAAAAAUUGUAUAUCGAAAUCGGAGAAAACACAACUGCAGAUAUUGAUGGGUUAAAGAAGAUUCUGAAUUUUGUGGAUAAGAAGGCAUUAAAAUCUGUUUGGUACGCAAUUUAUGAUAAUUCCAAAACUAAAGUCACUGUCAGCGUGCCAAGUGUUAUGCUGGAACAUGUUCCAAACAUGGAACUUUCCAACUUCACAGUGUAUGUUCCAGCUGAACUUCGAAGCCCAAACUGCACUGAAGAAUGUCGGUCCAUGGUUGAAGCUUUUGCUCAGUCGCGUCCACUUGGCUUCAAACUGGCUAUCAAUAUAAAGACUUCAAUCAUGGUUAUGUCUUCCUUCUGUAGUAGUAGACCGAAUUGGUUUUUCACCCCGACACCAAAUGCAAUUUUUCGUCAUGCGGGCUAUUUAGGGGAAGCAAAAAUUACUGUGCUCUUGCAUACGUCUUACAAACUAAGAAAAAGGCUCAGUAGACAGGUGCCUUGGGAACGUCUUCUACCAUACAGAAUUGAUAGUCUGCUGAUAGACUUUGAAAAUACCAAGUUGGAAGUCGAUGGAGAAGAUGUUGAAGUGGAUGGAGCUCAAGGACUUUGCCAAACAAUUAAAGACAUCACUUUUGCUAAUGACACCAACAUAAUGAAAUUAACCAUUAUUGGUUGCCAUAUUAUAGAGUAUGCUGAAGGGCAUAGAAUUUGCAUCAAAGAAUUGGAGCUGUUUCAUGGUGAGGAGUAUCCAAAGGAGUUUUUCAAUAUGUUCCAGAAAACUCGGUUCGAGAAAGUUUCUGUUUCUUCAAGAAACAAUAUCAGAAACGGACAAUUUCUGACUGAGUGUGCAAAUGAAAUCGUUUAUCUUGAUGAAGAAAGCAAAGACUGA